AUGCACGCGGGCACACCUCAUCCGCGCCGUAUUUGCGGGCGCGGCGCAGGUGGUGUGGCCGGCGGUCUGAAGCGGCUGCACACGUACCGACGCUCGCCACUCCUGGCUGCCGCUUUGCUGAUUGUCGGCGCGCUGACGCUCGCUGUGUUCACAGCGCCUACGGCGUGGGCUGCGGGUGCGGGCAUCUUGUCGGAAGAACCUGUGUACCUGCUGAACGCCAUGUACUCGAUGACGGACUACAUGGCGAGCUAUGCAGAGGCGCUGUGGCUGGGCAUCGACGCCGCACUCCACAACGCCGGCUACACUGCGGCUGGCGGCCGUCCCAUCAGGAUCAUCGACCCCGACCCGGAUGUGAACCGGGCGGACAUCGUAGCCGUGGUGACGAAGGCGCUGAAGGACUACCCGACGCUGCUUGGCGUGAUUGGGCCGUACUCUGACACGCGCCUUGCUGCAUUGCUGAGCAGCCCUGUGAUCCAGAGCAGCGGGCUGAUGCUCCUGGGCCCGUUCACGGGGUCGAGUGCAGUGCGCGCGUGGAACGAGAACGUGUACUUCAUGCGUGCGGAGCCACGUGCGGAGCUCCUGGCGAUCGUGAAGCACGUGGCCAACACAAUCCGCGGUCGCCGCACUGCGUUCAUGUACCUGACGGGCGUGGACUUUGGAGAACGCGAGUACGAGGAUAUUGUGGCGCUCAUGACGCCGCUGGGACUCGAGCCACCAGCACUGUACUCCGCGCCGCACUCGAUGACGGACUCUGCUGUGGACAUGACGGCCUUCGAUGCGAUGGCGAACACGUACCCGCAUGUGAUCAUUCUGUGGGGGAUGCCCGGGAGGCAGGUUGCGGAGUUCCUGCGGGUCGUGCUGACGGACCCGCGCACGUCGUCGGCGUACAUCAUGACGUGCUUCCCGCUGCAGAAGAUCGCGUUUCAGGUGUACUACGACCUUGCGAUGGCCGGGAAGCUGACGCCUGUGGACGGACAGCUCAUGUCGAGCGCCACAUCCUUUCCGCUGACACAGCCAAACACAACGCACAUUCCAGCGUUCCGUGCCGAGAUGGGGAAGUACAUGGAGCAGACCGGCCGCGUCGACGCGAGCCUGUGGGCUGACGAGGCAAAGGCUGUGCGGGAGUACGGCCCUUGGGGGCAUGAGCCACCGUCGUCGGACUCUGCCGCGGACGUGAGGAGGUUCUUCAACGAGCACCCGAACGCAGCGAACCUGAUGCUGACUGGAUGGAUUUUCGGCUCGGUGAUCAUGCAGACAUUUGCUGAGGAGGAGUGGAUCGUGGACAGGACUGCCUACCAAGGGUAUGUGUUCGAGCAGAGGCGCUACAUAAUUGGCGGGGACUAUGUGCUUGGCGACUACGGCGCUCCCUGCAACCCCGUUGCCGCGUUUCUCGGUGCUGUGUGCUACUGCAACCAGGGCGGGCGUGCGGCAAUUGUUUCGAAGCUUGACAGCGCUGUGUGGAACACCAUUGAGGAGUCCGGCUUCAACUACGUGCAGAACGACUGCUAUUCCUACACGAGCUUGCCGCGGCCACUGCACUUUCUGACGCUGGUCUUCACGGACGAUCCAACGCUCGCAGUGGCGGGGUUAGACUUGAACGUUGCCAUUUCAGCACUUGUCCGCUACCUGAAGUAUACAGAGCACCCGGUGAGUGUGACCACAUUGAACGUCCAGCGGACUACCGCACAGGCGCUGCUGGAUCAUCAACUGCUGAACUACACGGCGGACGUUGUAGCGGGAGCGAUAACGAAGGGCAUGAGGGUUGAUGGCUACUUGGUCCCUGCCCCCGUCUACCCCCGGCCACAUCUAGUGGAGCCGAUGCGGAACUACGUGUACCUGAUGCCAACGCUGGAGCAGCAGAUGUUCCUGCUGUACGAGAACCUUGCGACUCUGAGGCGUGUGACGUCGAUCGGCUCUGGCGUGCGUGUGGUUCUGCAUGGCUACGCCGAUGAUGAGGCGUCGAGCAUCACUGCUGUGCUGUACAGGUCUGCUGCGACGUUCAACUAUAACAACCCCUCUGUGGUCAUGGUGCCCUCCACGAAGACUGUGGGGAGUGCGCUUGUUCGCAGGCAGAUCAACUUUGUGCUCGCGGUGACGGCUGCGGAUGUCGCCGACGUUGUGGACUUUCUGAUCGCGGACAAGUCUGCGAUUGUCGUGGUGGUCUUCGAUGACUUGGCGCUUCAUUACACCGCGCUUGUCACUGCCCUCUCGUCGACGCCAGCGUCUGUGCAGGCGCGUGUGAUCACGUUCACUAACCUGCCGCUCUGGAGCGAUACCUCGAGCAGCGCGCAUGACGCGUCUCCUAUGCUGCAGGUGUUUCAUGGUGCGCUGCCGGACCCUUCUCAGCACACUCCCAGUUUUCUGAGAGCGUGCGUAACUGCACUUGUGCCUUUCAAACUCAUCAGAACUGUGAAAUCCAUGAGAGAAGCCACACUGGCAGACGCGCUGUACUUCAACGGUAUUACGACAAGGUACGGCAUGGCCUUUGGGAUUUUUGAGUGGGGCUGCACCACGACGGCGAGCGGUGAUGACUGCUUGCAACACAACUACGGCGCGCAGAGCAUUGUGAUGCUCUCCGUGCAGAGGAUGCUGGACCCGCGCGUGCCGCCGCUGACGGCUCCGAUGACGCCGUCCUUGGUGUACAGGCCUCGCGUGGCGUCGAGUGCGCUGACGCCUGCGGAGCGCAACGGCAUCAUUGCCGGCGUCGUGCUGCUUGUUGUCGCGUCGAUUGCAGCUGUUGGGCUGCUCCUGUACUGCUGCAUGGACAACCGGGACAACGACGCGGCGCCGAAGGACGGUGACGAGCCGGUGACGCUGGUCUUCACGGACAUCGAGAGCAGCACUGCGCUGUGGGCCGUGCUGCCGCAGCUGAUGGCUGACGCGAUUGUGGCGCACCACCGCGUGAUCCGGCAGCUGAUCGCGAAGCACGGGUGCUACGAGGUGAAGACGGUCGGCGACUCGUUCAUGAUUGCGUGCAAGAGCGCGCACAGCGCUGUGAGGCUUGCGUGCGAGAUCCAGACGAAGCUGCUGGGGCACGACUGGGGGACGGUGUCCAUCGACGCUGCGUACCGCGAGUUCGAGCUUGCGCGCGCGGACGCUGAUGACGACUACGUGCCGCCGACUGCGCGGCUGAGCGAGGAGGAGUACGCCGCGGUGUGGUGCGGGCUGCGCGUGCGUGUGGGGGUCCACACCGGGCUGUGCGACAUCCGGUACGACGAGGUGACGAAGGGGUACGACUACUACGGCGACGCGCCGAACAUGGCUGCACGCACGGAGGCUGUUGCGAAUGGCGGGCAGGUUGUCGCGACGGAGACGGCGUGGUGGGCGCUGUCGAACGAGGAGCGCGCGGGUGCUGCGCACACCGCGAUGGGACGGCAGGGGCUGCGCGGUGUGCCGUUCGCGGUGGAGAUGUUCCAGAUGGACGCUGUGCCUGGGCGCCGUCACGCUGCGCUGCGCACGGAGAUCGAGGCGAUCCUGCCGGACGAGACGGCGACGGAGACGGCCUCGAGUGCUGCUGGUGCGCUGCUGUCGUCUGUGGGCACGAUGAGCGGCCCUGCUGCUGGCAUCGCCUUGGUGCUGACGAGCUGCUUUGCGCCGUACCCCGUAGCGCAGCGCGUGCGCGAGCUGCAGCCGCUGCUGAGCAAGUGGGGCGUUGGUGCGCCGCCGCGGAGCCGUGCUGUGAGCGAGGAGGACUACUGCCAGGGGCUGAUGAACCGCCUAGCGCUUCGGAUUGCGACGGUGUCGCAGGCCCGCCAGCGGAUGGGCAACGGCGGGGCCGUGGUGGCGGGCGACAUGCCGGACGUUGGCGCUGGUGGGGCGCUGAACCCGCUUGUGGGCGGGGGUGGCUGUGGCGCGGGCGGCGCGGCGCCGCGGCCUUCGGGGAUGACAGCGCCGCCGCGCUCCGAGGAGCCGUCCGCGAUGCGCGAGUCACGCUUGUUCCGGAGGGCGCCGCUGGGGGUGCUUCCGGCCUCGAGGGCGCCGGCGAGCAAGAAGGAGAGCUGCAGCGCGAGCACGAUUGGGUGGCGGGAUGACGUGAUGCCGUUCACCGGUCCCGCGUCACGGCGCGCAUCAGAGGAGCGCAAUGCGCGCAGGGCGAGCGGGAGCAUGUCUGACGAGGUGAUCGUCGUGCGAAUGCCGAGGGGCCUCGGGUGGCCCCGCCACCCCAACAUGGUGGAGCCGUGUUCGGGGCAUGCGGGCGGUGAGGCUAGCCUGGAGUAG